UCUGACUUUUGUUAAAGCUUCAUUUCAUAGAGGGAAAAAAGAAAAGGUUAUAACAUUUUCCCUCCAAAACCAGAGAAAUUCCUUCAUUUUUCUCAGCAGAAUUCUUCAAGAUUUCAUAAAAGAUGGAAAAUUCGCUACCAAAACCAGUUCCUCCACGUGUUGGAUUAAUUUACGAUGAUAGGAUGUGUGAACAUACUGAUCCUGAUAGUGACUAUCAUCCUGAAACUCCAAAUCGGAUCAGGGUUAUAUGGAAAAAGCUUCAAUCUGCUGGAAUUCUUCAAAGAUGUGUAGUCAUGAAGGCAAAAGAAGCAGAAGAUAAGCACAUAGCAUUAGUUCAUAAGAAGAAACAUAUCGAUUUGAUACGGAAUGUAAGUUCUCAAGAAUUUGAUUCUCGGAGGAGUAAAAUUGCUUCUAAAUUCAACUCCAUAUACCUCAAUGAAGGAUCAUCUAAAUCUGCUUACCUUGCUGCUGGUGCAGUUAUUGAGGUUUCUGAGAAGGUUGCUAAAGGGGAACUUGAUUCUGCGGUUGCAAUUGUUAGACCUCCUGGGCAUCAUGCAGAACCAAAUGAAGCAAUGGGGUUUUGCCUAUUUAACAAUGUGGCCAUUGCAGCAACUUAUCUUCUAAAUGAAAGACCUGAGUUGGGCAUUCACAAAAUAUUGAUUGUGGAUUGGGAUGUCCAUCAUGGCAAUGGUACUCAGAAGAUGUUCUACGACGAUCCUCGUGUGUUGUUCUUCUCUGUUCAUAGGCAUGAAAAUGGAUGUUUCUAUCCAUCUGGUGGCGACGGUUCUUACACAAUGAUUGGAGAAGGAUUAGGUUCAGGAUAUAAUAUUAAUGUUCCAUGGGAACAUGCACGGUGUGGUGAUGCUGAUUAUUUUGCUGUGUGGGAGCAUGUACUGGCUCCUGUUGCAAAGGCUUUCAAUCCAGACAUGAUCAUAAUAUCUGGAGGAUUUGAUGCAGCUAUUGGCGAUCCAUUAGGUGGCUGUUGUAUUACACCAUAUGGAUAUGCGGUUAUGAUGGAAAAGUUGAUGGAGUUUGCUCAAGGAAGAGUUAUGAUGGCCUUGGAAGGUGGAUAUAAUCUCGAUUCUUUAGCUAAGUCUGUCCUUGCAUGUGUUCAAACUUUACUGAAGGACAAGUAUGCUGUUGCCUCUUGUAAGGCUUACCCAUUUGAAUCAACGUGGCGUGUAAUACAAGCGGUUCGUAAAGAGUUGAGCCCAUUCUGGCCAACUCUUAGUGGCGAGUUACCGAGGAACUUAUUUGUAACCACUAAAAAAGCACCUGUAGUUGAGUUGAUCUCAAGUUCUGAUUCUGAUGCCGAGAAUGAUGAAUUCGCAUAUGCUGGAUCAGAAGCACAGUGUUCUGUAAACUCGAUUGGGGUUGUUGAGGAUGUUAUUGCAUCCCUUUCAACACUUACUGUUGAUGAAGAUAACCAUAGUAAAGAUCAAACGGUGUGCAGUUCUGCCUCUUGGAGAUCAAUCUUUUCUAAGGUUGACGUUUGGUACGCGAGCUUUGGAUCAAAUAUGUGGAAACCAAGGUUCCUUUGCUAUAUUGAAGGUGGACAGGCGGAAGGUAUGCAGGCGCCAUGUUGUGGUUCAAUGGAUAAAAACCCACCAAAAGAGAUUAUGUGGAAGAUUGUACCUCAUCGUUUCUUUAUCGGGCGAUCUAAAACACGUACAUGGGGUGCAGGAGGUGUUGCUUUCCUCCAUCCUGAAAGUGACGAUAACAGUGAAUCCUACAUGUGCUUAUACAAGAUAACGCUUGAGCAGUUCAAUGAUGUAUUAGUUCAGGAGAAUCGUUUGCGACCAGUGGAAGCAAUCAAUCCUUUGUUUGACUUAUCAGAUUUAGAGUCUGUUACAAAGAACAAAUCUUUGAAUUCUAAUGUGCUCAAGGAUGGCUGGUACUCUAACGUUGUUUGUUUGGGAACAGAGGGGGAGCUUCCUAUAUUGACCAUGACGUGUUCGAUUUUAGACAUUGAGCUCUUUAAAUCAGGGAAACUUCCAUUAAAUGCUCCAUCUAAAGAAUACAAGGAUGUCUUAGUGAAAGGCUUGGUUGAAGGGAAACAACUUUCGGAGGAGGAAGCUGUGGCUUACAUCAAUGAUGGUUUUACUAGACCACUUUGAUUGACUUAAGCUGAUUAUUACUAGACCACUUUGAUCGACUUAAGCUGAUUAUUAUUUUGUAUAUCUUGAAAAGAAAACCAAUCUAGUUGUUUGACAACAUAUUAGAAAUUUAUUACCUGAUGUGUUUAAACAUCAUUAUAUUGUAAAGAAUGAUGAAAUCAACUGCAAGUCUGCAGCAGAAACAGGCCUAGAUCUAUUUAUAGUUAUAAGUGACUUUGUGUGCAUAACGGCAUAAGUAA